AUUGCAAAACGACAAAGAUACGUGUUCUCUCUUCCUCUACUACACGUAUAUUUUGCACUGUCAACUCCACUCAACACCUCAUAAACAAAAAUCACAUUCAAGAAUCCCAUAACAGAGUGCGGCAGAAUAGCAGAAUAGUUGAUAUUGCAGAUACCCUUUUGCUUAUUUUCUUCAUUUUUGGUUUUUGAAAGUUCUGUCGAGGGGCUUUGAGCUGGUGAAGGUACUUGUGAGUGGAAAUCUUUAAGUGGUGAAGGUACUUGCUAGCGGAAAUCUUAACUUCUGUUUUAAUUUAGGCAGCAUGGACCACGAUACAGUUGGAGCUUCACAAGGUGCAGGACUUGCUUAAACCAAAGUGUACCAGUUUUCUAGAGCAGGGGGUAUCCUCAAAACACAGAAGGAGAUUUCAAUAUCUUGCAAAAACUCCUCACUUUCUGAGAAUGAAAAGCAUCACCAUAAAAUUAAGGGUGGAAGGCUGUUGCAAAACACACUGGCGUCGCUGCAUCAGAAUGAUCAUCAAUAAGAUUAGCUGCAGCUAAGAGUGAGGGCAUUGAGUCCUAUAGAAAAAUGCAGCAGGCUUCUGUGAAAGAGACAUCUGAAGUGAAUAAAGGUCAAGGUGGUAAAAACGUCGCAGCUUAUGUGGCCCCAGCACAUGAGAAAUCUCAUGGUGAUGUAAACAUGGAGGCGGAUAUCACUAUGGAUGAUGUAAUAAGAGCCGGAGGUCUAGGAGCAAGAGACGAUUUAAAUAGUGUUCUUCCUGUGGCAGCUGAUACCACUGACUUUGAAGCUUCUAUUCGUGAUGCGUGGGACUAUGAAGGGCAACGUGAAAGCAUUACUCGACCAGGCCUUGGCUGGACAGAACCUGCAAAGAAAUAGAUCUAACCAUGGUACAACUUAAGGUGGACUUUCAAGGUGUUCUCCAGUUUUACUGGCACUCUUAAACUCUCAGUUCUGCUUCUGUUGAUUGAAUGUUCCCUUAUGUGUCUUAUGGUUCUUCAUGAAAUAAAUCAUAUCCCCAUGUAUGAAAUUAAUUAUAGCUCGGUGGAUCUUUUUAGCAACAUGCUUACUUGUCA